AUGGCAAAGGAUGGCAACAAGAGCCAAUGGAAAGAGUUCUUCUGGAACCCGAGGACGCGCGAGUUCUGCGGGAGGACCGCCAGCAGCUGGGGCCUGAUCUUUUUGUUCUACGUGGCCUUUUACAUCUUCCUGGCUGGAUUAUUCAGUGCCACCAUCUAUGUCUUACUUCUGACCCUUGAUGAUAACAAACCAGUCUACCAGGACAGACUUGCUACACCAGGUAUGAUGAUCAGGCCUAUAGGUCAUGAUCUGGAGAUCUUGUACACCAAGGAGAACACCGAGAGCUGGGAGUCACACGUGCAGGCACUUAACAGCUUCCUCUCCAACUACAACGAUUCAGUGCAGGAGCAGAACAACGUGGCUUGUAUGCCAGAUAAGUACUUCGUCCAAGAGGACAGUGACAGCGUCAAGAACAUCCCUAAGCGCUCAUGCCAGUUCAAGCGCUCCAUGCUGGAGAACUGCUCAGGCAUCAGCGACCGCUACUACGGCUAUUCUGAUGGCAAGCCAUGCAUCAUCGUCAAGCUCAACAAGGUAAUCGGUAUGCUACCAGGGAAGGGUGGCCCGGCACCAGCUGUUAGUUGUGGUCCCAAGAAAUACAAAAUCAACCAAGAUGAAUGGGGUGAUGACUCAGACAAGAUAGGGGAUAUGGCAUACUUUCCUCCCAAUGGCACCUUCAACCCUAUGUACUACCCAUACUACGGCAAGAAGGCACAGGUGAACUACUCGCAGCCUCUGGUGGCCGUCAAGUUCCUGAACAUCACGCUGAACACCGAUGUGAACGUGGAGUGCAAGAUCACGGCCAGCAACAUCCAAACUAACAGUGACCGCGACAAGUUUGCUGGCCGCGUCUCGUUCAAGCUGAGGGUCAACUCGAGAAAAUAAUCCGAAGGAUGUCUGUGCUGUCCUUAUACGCUCUUGUGUAUACACAUAUACAUAUGCUUUACACACACAUACACCAUGCGAGACACAACAUACUCGAUCCAUCAAACGUGUUACUGAAGUUAUCAAAAACAAGCCG